AUGGCUCUGUGCCGUGCUUUUGGGAACCCCGACCUGUUUGUAACGUUUACAGCUAACCCAAAAUGGCCUGAAAUCGAAGACAUGGUAUCUCUCAUACCAGGGCAAAAGUCUCAUGACCGUGCAGAUGUUGUAUCACACGUUUUUAAGCUAAAGCUGACCUUCUUGAUUGAAGAUAUUAUGAAGAAACAAAUCUUUGGUAGCUGCAAAGCAGUUGUUUACACAAUUGAGUUUCAAAAACGAGGCCAACCGCACGCGCACCUUUUGUUGUGGCUUGAACAUUCUGCCGCGUCUCGCACGCCUGCUGGUAUAGAUGAUUUGAUUUCAACAGAGAUCCCAUCGGAAAUUGACGAUCCAUCCGGCUAUAAGGCUAUAACAGAUUACAUGUUGCAUGGUCCAUGUGGGAAUGAUGCGCGCAGCGCUCCGUGUACAAUAGAUGGAAAAUGCAUGAAACACUUUCCGAAACCAUUUUAUCGAGAAACGACAAUUGACGAAGACGGUUACCCGGUUUAUCGACGACGAGAUACCAAGAUCUUCUUUAAGAAGGGCAAAACGAUGCUUGACAACCGGUUUGUCGUCCUAUACAACCGUUAUCUCCUCUUAAAGUACGAAUCGCACAUCAAUGUUGAAUGGUGCAACCAGUCCCGAGCAAUAAAAUACCUGUUUAAAUACUUAAACAAGGGGCCAGACAGGGCUACAAUGGUUGUUCAGGAAAACAUUGGCAAUGAUGGUAUAAAGCGUACACAACAGACUGUUAAGGUCGAUGAGAUUAAAAACUAUCUGGAUUGCCGGUACUUAUCGCCAUGUGAAGCUGUGUGGAGAAUGCUUGCAUUUCCUAUACAUUACUCAUUCCCAUCUGUCAUGAAGCUAACGUUCCAUACACCUAAUCAACAUCUGCUCACAUUACGUGAUUCGGACAGCUUGUCGGCCCUGUUAAACCGGGACGGGAUACAAGACACAAUGUUCACCCAAUGGUUUGCGCUAAACAACAGAGAUGAAGCGGCAAGAAAGUUAACGUACGCCGAGAUACCAACAAGGUAUGUGUGGCAAGAGGAUAACAAGGUAUGGAAAACGCGGUUGGAGCGGACAGCCAUUGGGCGGAUUGUGUAUUGCAAUCCAGCAGCUGGGCCAAAGUAUUAUCUAAGGAUGUUGUUGGGAAUUGUGAGAGGGCCCCGAAGUUUCGAAGAAAUAAAAACGGUCGACGGAGUCGUGUAUGCAACGUUCAAAGAAGCCUGCUAUGCGUAUGGCUUGCUUAAUGAUGACAAGGAGUGGAAUAACGCCCUUUCAGAGGCUAAAUUAUGGGCGUCCGGUUCCCAGCUACGGGAAUUGUUUGUUACCAUGUUGUUGUUUUGCGAAGUGAACCGCCCGGCACAACUGUGGGCACAGAAUUGGGAGAUACUAUCUGAUGAUAUUUUGUACCUGAAACGUAGGCUCUUCAUGUUCCCAGGAUUACAUUUAUCAGACGACUAG